AUGGCCUCCACGUGGCACGCUCCGGCAUCCCCGCCCUCCACGCCCCGCUGCCCACGGUCACGGGAACUGCCAGCGCUGACCGUCCGAUCCUGCCCUUCGCCGCCAGAGGACGGCCCAGAUCCUGCCCGGCCCGGCGCGGGCAGCCCACGCGCUGCUAUUAAAGGCACCCCGUUCCGCUCCUCACCUCACCUCCUCGCCCCCAACGCAUUGCCGAACGUGUCGCGCUCGCGCCCGCCCGAGCCCGAUAAGCCCGCGAAGCCCAGGCCCAGCCAGACCCACCCGCGAAGCGAUGCGACGGAGGAGAUCGUGAGAUCGCGGGCCGCCGCCACCCCGCUGUCGCCGGCGAUGACCUCCGCCGUCCUCGCCGGCCGGAAUGAGGUCCACCACGCGCACCCGCACCACCGCCACUGGGGCGGCGCCCGCGUCCCCCUCAUGCCCAAUCCGUCCUCCAACCCUAACCCUAGGCGCCACCACCCCGCGGGGGGCCCAAACCCUAUCCCCAGCGGCUCGCCGCCAGCUCGCCGCAGGCCGUCCCGGCGGUCGCCGCGGCCGAGCCCUUGCCGUCGUCUUCGGGGCACGUGA